CUGGGAAAUAUUGCUCCAGCCCGCCUGCAGCAGCAGCAGCCCCGCAGCAGUGGCGGCAAGAUAACUAAAGCUGAGGCCAGCGCGGCUGGGACUGCAGGGGCAGCGGCUGCAGCAGCCGCAGCGGCAGUGCUCUAGCAGACUCUGCAGCUUCGCGUCCUCCCUCCUUUCCCCCUACAGGGCAGAAUCGAUCGCAGAGCUCCCAGCUGCAGGUCAGCGCUGAGAGACUUCCCGGGGAAGGCGACCAAGGGAGGAAGGAGUCCAGUGGAGCCCCGCUCUGCCCGCCAGCUCUCUUUACUGCCCUGCACGAUCUCUCUCAGCUUUUCUCCCCCACCCUGAUCUCUCUGGCACCAUGGACACCUCCCCAGCCAGUGCGCUCCUGUGCUGGGCGCUCCUGCUGCACUGGGGGCGCCUGGUUAGCACAAGCCCAGCGGAGACCCUGGCGGGCAGACAGCUGGGGUGUCCGGCCCACUGUCAGUGCGAUCAGGACGGCAGGAUGCUGCUCAGGGUGGACUGCUCCGACCUGGGACUUACGGGAGUCCCAGCCAACCUCAGCGUCUUCACUUCUUACCUUGAUCUCAGUAUGAACAACAUCACUAAGCUGCCCCCAAACCCCCUGCACAAUCUCCGCUUCCUAGAAGAAUUGCGUCUCGCAGGAAAUGGGUUGACAGGCGUCCCCGAGGGAGCAUUUGCUGGUCUUUUCCGUCUUAAAGUGCUUAUGUUGCAGAAUAAUCAACUAAGACAAGUACCUGCAGAGGCUCUCCAGAAUCUGCGAAGUCUUCAAUCCCUGCGUUUGGAUGCUAACCAAAUCAACUAUGUCCCACCCAACUGCUUCAAUGGCCUCGUUUCCCUGAGACACCUGUGGCUAGAUGACAACUCUUUGACGGAAAUUCCUGUCCAGGCUUUUCGGAGCUUAUCAGCAUUGCAGGCUAUGACCUUAGCUCUGAACAAGAUCCAUCACAUACCAGACUAUGCCUUUGGAAACCUCUCCAGCUUGGUAGUACUACAUCUCCAUAACAAUAAGAUCUACUCCCUGGGAAAGAAAUGCUUUGAUGGGCUCCACAGCCUAGAGACUUUAGAUUUAAAUUACAAUAAUCUAGAUGAGUUCCCCACUGCAAUCAGGACGCUCUCAAGUCUCAAAGAAUUGGGAUUUCAUAGCAACAAUAUCAAAUCAAUACCGGAGAAAGCAUUUGUAGGCAACCCUUCCCUUAUAACAAUACACUUCUAUGAUAAUCCAAUCCAACUUGUUGGGAAAUCUGCUUUUCAACAUUUACCUGAACUGAGAACACUGACUCUGAAUGGCGCUUCGCAAAUUACUGAAUUUCCUGAUCUGAUGGGAACAACGAGUCUGGAAAGCCUGACCCUGACCGGAGCACAGAUCACCUCUCUUCCCCACACCGUCUGUGAGCAGUUACCUAAUCUCCAAGUGCUGGAUCUGUCUUACAACCUGAUAAAAGAUUUACCCUCCUUCUCUGUUUGCCAAAAACUGCAGAAAAUCGUUCUGCGGCACAAUGAAAUCUCUGAGAUUAAGGCAGACACUUUCCAUCAGCUGAUUAUGCUUCAUUCACUGGAUCUAGCUUGGAACAAAAUUGUUACUAUUCACCCUAAUGCAUUCUCCUCUUUGCCUUCUCUGAUAAAACUGGAUCUAUCAUCCAACCUUCUGUCGUCUUUUCCUGUGACUGGGUUACAUGGUUUAACUCACUUAAAAUUAACAGGAAAUCAUGCUUUGCAGAGUCUGAUAUCAUCUGAAAGCUUUCCAGAACUCAAGUUAAUGGAAAUGCCUUAUGCUUACCAGUGCUGUGCAUUUGGGGCCUGUGAAAACCUCCAUAAAAUUUCUAAUCAGUGGAAUAAAGGGGACAACAGUAGUGUUGACGAAUUUCCCAAGAAAGAUGUUGGGAUGCUACAUUUCCAAGAUGAGCGUGACUUAGAGGAUUUCCUCCUUGACUUUGAAGAAGACACAAAAGUCCAUCAUUUAGUGCAAUGUUCACCACCUCCAGGGCCCUUCAAACCAUGUGAACAUCUAUUUGGUAGCUGGCUAAUCAGAAUUGGAGUGUGGACCAUUGCGUUUUUGGCUUUCGUUUGUAAUGCUUUGGUGACCUCAACAAUCUUCAGAUCUCCACUGUAUAUUUCCUCUAUAAAACUUUUAAUUGGAUUGAUAGCUGUGGUAAACACCCUAAUGGGUGUCUCCAGUGGUGUUUUGGCUAGUGUCGAUGCAUUAACUUUUGGCAGCUUUGCUCAAUAUGGUGCGUGGUGGGAGAAUGGAAUAGGUUGCCAAGUCACUGGCUUUCUGUCCAUUUUUGCUUCCGAGACGUCUGUUUUCCUACUUACUCUGGCAGCUCUGGAGCGUGGGUUCUCUGUAAAAUGUUCUGCAAAAUUUGAAAGCAAAGCAUCUUUUUCCAGUGUGAAAGCAAUAGUUGUGCUUUGCUUUCUGUUGGCCCUGACCGUCGCGACAAUUCCCUUGCUCUGUGGCAAUGAAUAUAGUGUGUCCCCCCUGUGCUUGCCCCUGCCUUUUGGAGAACCCAGCACGACUAGCUACAUGGUGGCUCUGGUCUUGUUGAAUUCCCUCUGUUUCCUAGUGAUGAUCAUCACCUAUACUAAGCUCUACUGCAGUUUGGAAAAGGGAGAACUAGAAAAUAUUUGGGACUGUGCAAUGGUAAAGCAUGUGGCUCUUUUACUCUUCACCAAUUGCAUUCUUUAUUGCCCUGUGGCCUUCUUGUCCUUUUCUUCUCUGCUAAACCUCACAUUCAUCAGUCCUGAAGUGAUUAAGUUUAUUCUCUUGGUGAUCGUGCCACUCCCCGCAUGCCUCAACCCUCUCCUCUACAUUCUCUUCAAUCCAAAUUUUAAGGAAGACAUGGGGAACUUCCGAAAGCAAACAUUCUUGUGGAGAAGAGCAAAACACCCAAGUCUGAUCUCGAUCAACUCAGAAGAUGUAGAGAAACAGUCCUGUGAUUCAACCCAAGCUCUGGUCACCUUUGCCAGUGGCAACAGCUCUUAUGACCUAACUUCUUGUUCAAGAGGGCCAUCGUCUUAUCCAAUGACAGAAAGUCGGCGUCUUUCAUCUGUGACAUUUGUUCCUUGUCUCUAAUGGGAGUUGCAAGACAUAAAGAGAAAAUGUUUACAAAAUUUGCAGACCCCAGAGGGGAAAGUGGGUGGUAUAGUUGGUGGGACAGAAGUCCAGUGUUCUUGAUGACUGUUCCAUGCACCUGAGAAGUGGUAAUGAAAAAGAGCUGAACUUGAACCUUGAUCAAAAAAAUAAAAUCUCCCCUCAACCAGUGUGAGGAAAAAAAAAUACAAAUUGACUGACAAUUUGGGAUGAAAAGUGAUUCUGAAGGCAUUUCAAAGUGCCAAUUUGAUUACUUUUAUCCACAAUUGAGUGAUUUUUUGACCAGUACACCACAAAGAGAAAAGUUAAUCCCUCUCCCAGGAUGCUCCAUAAUUUUAAUCUAUUUCUCCCUAAAGUCAUCCACAAAGAGCUUUAAAAGAAGACAUUUACUCACAAAGUGGGUUCCAUAAACCCUAAAAUCCUUUAAAGGGUGGUUGAAAUGGGUUGGAGAAAGGAAAUUGAAAAAUCAUCUUCAUUACUAAGCAUAAGAUAUAACAAAAAGUAAUUUGAUUCUCUGGAUUCAUGCACAGAGAGCUUUGUCUCCCUUCUGCCUUUCCUACCUAUAACAGGCUGCUUCUUUCAGAUCAUUAAUCUGACUGACCUUAGAGGGGAGGAUGUUAUUAGAAUGAUCACCUUUGGAGGGUAUUUUAUUCAUCAUUCUGUUUUACCUUUGCAGGCACUAGUUUCUCUUUUAAAAGCCAGUUCACUCUCCAGAUGAUCAACCUAUUUCUAAAGCUAAAUGAACUCAAAUUAUUAUCAAGGAAAUAAAGGAAAGAUGGUUUCCGACUGGCCUCAUUCAUCUUUAACUCCCUGGUGCCCAGAUCUGGGAUUUUAGGAGCAAAGUUCAUUGCUGGCAAUGGAUAUCUGUAGAAAUACCAACAAAUAGUUUGGGGGGGAGGGUUGGAAAGGUGUUUUUAGCUAAAGACUAUAGCAAUCAGGUGAUCUGAGCUCACAGGCAUGUGGAAAGGUGACAUAUAUUAAAUCAGUCUACACGAGAAUCUCAAACUUUCUAACUCUAGAAGCUUUGGCAGUAAGACAACAUGAAGCUAGAGAAUGAGCUCUGACACCCCUUUGGCUCCAUGGAUACAUUAUCCUAUUUACUUAGCUUGAUUAUUAGCUGCAUUCCAUCUGGGCUGCACUGCUUGAUAUCAGUGGCAUUCCUUCUCCACUUUUCCAUAUUUAAUACAUGUGUAAAAUGUUUUGAGAAGCAAAAUAAUAAAGCACGGGAAGUUGAAAGAUUAAUUCAUAGCUUCUUUUAUCAGAAUGUUAUUAGUCCACCAGGCAUCCAAAACAAAUAGCCAUUGGGUGGGUUUAUUUUUAUAAGCAUGUUUGAAAUAUUUUGAUCAGAUGUUUUAAUUUGGAAUUAAAAAAAUACGUUUAUGAGAUUUUUUAUAAGAUUUGUAAAUAUAGAACUGUAUUUAUUAUUACAAUAUGAUACAAUAAUCAUAAAGGACACAACAGUAAACCAUGUACAGUUGCAGCCUACUACUUAGAUAUUCCAUUUCCUGGCCAAUUAUUUUCCUAAAUUUAUUAUAUGUAUAUAAUAUAUGUAAAUGUGUAGUGCCUGUAAAUAGGUUACAUACUUGCUUUUCUACUGGCAUAAGAAAUAAAAGGAAUUUGUAAUAAAAUGGAAGACGAAAGCCAAGUGUAUUUCGGCUCUAUCAUGGACCACAAAA